AGGUUAUUUAUAAAGAGGUACUGAAUAAAGAUCAUGAAGUUCAUUUGCUUAUGAGCAAAGGUGCAGAAAUGCUGUCAAAGGUCACUCGAAAAGCUGAAGCUGCUCAGUUACAAAAUAAAAUGGACAGUACAAAGCGGCAGUGGGAAAAAGUUCGAAAGGCAGCAAAUGACAGGCACACAAAAUUGCAGAAAUGCUCAGAAAAUUGUAAGAAAUUCCACAACACAUUAAAUUCCUUUUUACCAUGGCUCAAUAAAUGUGAAGAUAAAAUAAAUGCUUUGCAGCCCAUUAGCUAUCAUAGAUCUCAACUGGAUAGGCAGGUUAAAGAAAUUCAAGCUAUCAAAAAUGAGCUGUCCAAACAUUCUCAGGAAUUUGAGAACACAUGUAAUUAUGGUGAAGCUUUAAUUUCAUGCUGUGAUGUUGAUACUGAAAUAAUCAAAGAUGAAAUUUCUGAUUUGAAGAAACGCUGGGACCGAGUAAAUCAUGAUGUUAUGGAAAGAACUCAAGCUCUGGAUGAUGUUUCUCACAAACUGACUGUAUAUCAAGAUAAAGCUCGAGAUGUGAAUCAUUCAUUGCAUCGACUUGAAGACAGAUUACUUUCACAUGAUGCUUUGGGAGAUAGUUCAAGAGAUCCUAAGUUGUUAGCUAGAAUGAAGGCCUUGGUAACAGAAGCAGGAGAAGUUAAGCGGCAACUGAACAACUUGAAAGAUUAUGUCAAUGUACUGGUUUCUGAAGCUUCUCCUUCAGUUGACACAUCUCAUAUCACUGAUGAAGUUGAUGAUCUUGAAAAACGACAUAGGUUGCUUACAGAAAAACUAGAGGAUAGAUGCUCUGAUCUUGAAUCUGCAUCAGAAAUUGUUGCACAUUUCAAUAACAAAAUGAAAGAUGCUCAUCAUGAUUUAAAUCAUCUGGAAGAAGAACUUGAUAAUAUGGCACCAAUAGCUCGAGAUAUUGGCACAGUAACAACACAAAUAAAUCAAAUUAAGAACUAUUUGCACAGGUUGAAAAGAGCUAGAGAUGAUUGUGAAGAAGUUGAGCACCAGUGUCAGGACAUUAUCACUCAUGGAUACACUCCUGAUCCAAAAGGAUGCAGAAAUCAGUUGGAUGGUCUUCAUCGUCAGCUCAUAAGAUUGGAAGAGCGUGCAAAGUCUAGAGAUAACAAUUUAGAAGCAAUGCUAAGUCGUCUGGAAAAGUUUUAUGAAGACUAUAGUGACAUUGCUAAAGAUUUGGAUGAGACUGUUGAUGAAGAACGUUCCUUUAAGCCUGUUGGUGGUGAAGUUGAUGCUAUUCGAUCUCAACAAGAAGAGUUUUCACUGUACCACAGAAAUCGCCUUGAACCAUUAGGAAAACACAUUGAGCAUAUUAACAAAAUUGGACAAGGUUUAAUACAGUCAGCUUCUCCGGGUGUCAAUACUUCGAUUUUGGAGCAAGAUUUGGAUACCUUGAAUGACAAGUGGAAUAGUUUAAAGCAAAGGAUGAAUGAGCGUGAACGAAAAUUAGAUAUUGCGUUCCUUCAAUCUGGAAAAUUCCAAGAAGCUCUUGAUGGAGUUCUGAAAUGGCUGGAGGACACAGAGGAAAUGGUUGCUAAUCAAAAACCUCCAUCAGCUGAUUACAAAGUUGUUAAAGCUCAGCUCCAAGAACAGAAGUUCUUAAACAAGUUGCUACUGGAUCGUCAGAACAGUAUGUCAUCUCUUAUGCAAAUGGGGACAGAAAUUAUGAAGAAUGCUGAACCCAUGGAGCGCAUGCAAAUCGAAUCUCAGCUUGGUGAUUUGAUGCAGAGAUUUGAGGAACUUUCUAACGCUGCUCAAGAGCGAACAGAUGCAUUAGAAAGAACAAUUCCUGUUGCAAAAGACUUCCAAGAUCGCAUAAUUCCCUUAGACGAAUGGUUAGAACAAACAGAAAAGAAAUUAUCUGCAAUGGCUACAAUACCAACUGACCAAGAAAAAAUUCGCCAACGUAUGAUGGAACAUGAGGCUCUUCAUGAUGAUAUAAUGGACCACAAAGAAGCUUUUGAAGAAUUGACCGAAGUUGCUCAGACAUUAAUGGGUCUUGUUGGCGAUGAUGAGGCUCAGAUGGUGGUGGAAAAACUCCAGGAAGCUACAAAUCAUUUUGCAAAAGUAGUGGAAGAUAGUGAACAUAUUGGGCAACUCUUAGCUGAAGCAUUCCAAGGCAUGGGUUCAUUCAAUGUAAAUUAUGAAGACUUAAUGGCCUGGAUAGAUGAAAUGGCAUCCCGAUUUUCACGGUUCCAUACUCUGAGCGUAUACGUUGAAAAACUGCAGGAACAAUUAGAUGAAUUAGUUGAACUGAGUGAAGAAAUUGCUGAUCAUCAAAAGCAGGUUGAUGAUGUUGCAAGUGCUGGUCAAGAUAUAAUGAAACAUGCUUCAGGUGAUGAUGUUAUACGAAUGAAAGAAAAGCUUGACAAUCUUAGCCUAAAAUUCACGGAUCUCACAAGUCGUGCAGCUGACAAAUUACGCCAAGCACAGGACUCCCUGCCUUUAGUGCAGAACUACCAUGCUUCUCAUGAACGUGUCACUUCGUGGAUGGAUGCUACUGAGAGGCAAUUAAAAAAUUUAGAAAAUGUGGGACUGUCUAGUCAAGAAACUAUUAUACAAAGACUUGAAGGAGAAAUCCAAGAAUAUCGACCUUUAGUAGAUACUCUGAACCAUCUUGGACCACAGUUAUGUCAGAUGUCACCAGGACAAGGAGCUGCAGAUAUUGAAAAUCAAGUCACUCGUGUAAACCGCAGAUUUGAUGUGAUAUGUGAGCAAGUACAACGAAAAGCAGAGAGAAUUGAUUUAUCUAAACAAAGAAAUGUUGAAGUCAUUGGUGAUAUUGAAGAUUUGCUUGAUUGGUUUCAUGAAGUUGAGAAACAGCUUCUACAAGCAGAGCCUCUGUCUGCUGAUCCAGAUGCAUUAGCUGUUCUUCUUAAAGAACAAAAGGCUCUAAAUGAAGAAGUAAGCAGUCAGAAGGGUCGGGUUCGAGAUAUAUUAUCGGCAGCGAAGAAAUUGAUGAGAGAAUCAAGUGGUAGUGACCUUGCAGAAGUAAGAGAUAAGGCUGAUGAACUUAAAGAUGUCACAAAUUCAGUGUCAUCUCUAUGUGCUGAUCGCCUGGCUGCUCUUGAGCAAGCAUUACCUUUAGCGGAGCAUUUCUUUGAAACGCAUAUGGACAUAUGUCAAUGGCUGGAUGAAAUUGAAACAGAAGCUGACUUACUAGAAACACCUGGUUUAAAUGCAAGUCAAAUAAAGAAACAACAAGACAGAAAUAAGGUUCUGAUGCAGUCUGUAACAGAGCAUAAAGCUUUGCUUGACAAACUGAAUAAGACAGGAGCCGCGCUGAAAAAACUGUGUAAGCCUGAUGAGGGUGCUAAAGUGCAAGAUAUCAUGGAUUCGGAUAAUAGCCGAUACAAUGCACUUAAAGAUAUCCUACGUGAUAGACAGAAUGCUUUAGAAGAAGCUAUGCAGGCCACAUCACAGUUUUCAGAUAAAUUGGAUGGCAUGCUGAAUUCUUUGAGCAGUACAGCUGACCAGCUUCAAAAUGCUGAGCCAGUAUCGGCACAUCCAGAGAAAAUAGAAGAGCAGUUAAAUGAAAAUCAGGCAGUACUGCAAGAUCUAGAUAAACGGUCGAAUGCAUUAGAAGCUGUUAAGAGAGCUGCUGAUGAUGUCAUAGUUAAAGCUGGUGGUGCUAAAGAUCCAGCUGUUAAAGACAUUAAACAGAAGCUUGAUAAACUGAAUCAGCUAUGGGAUAAUAUUCAGAAGUUGGCUCGUAAUCGAAAUCGUUCAUUGGAAGAUGCAUUAGCAGCUGCUGAAAGGUUUUGGGAUGAGCUUACUAUGGUUAUGAAAGCUCUGAAAGAGCUUCAGGACAGUCUGAAUGCACAAGAGCCUCCUGCUGUUGAACCUAGUGCUAUACAGCAUCAGCAAGAAGCUUUGCAAGAAAUUAAACAAGAGAUUGAACAAACAAAACCUGAAGUUGACCAGUGUCGACAAGCAGGUCAAGAUUUGAUGCAGCUGUGUGGUGAACCUGACAAACCUGAAGUGAAGAAACAUAUUGAAGAUCUUGAUUCUGCAUGGGAUAAUGUCACAUCUCUUUAUGCCAAACGUGAACAGAAUUUAGUAGAUGCUAUGGAGAAAGCCAUGAACUUCCAUGAUAUUCUUGGAAAUCUUCUGGAGUUCUUGGAUUAUGCAGAGGAAACUUUCUCUGGUCUUGGUCCUGUUGGAUCAGAUAUUGAAGCCGUAAAAGGCCAGAUUCAACAACUGCAGGGCUUUAAACAAGAGGUGGAUCCACAUAUGGUGGAAAUUGAAUCUUUGAACCGCCAAGCCCAUGAACUAAUGGAGAGAACAUCUCCAGCUCAGGCCAAGGCUAUAAGAGAACCACUUGCAGAAAUAAACAAGCGAUGGGAUGAUUUACUAAAGGGAAUUGUAGGAAGACAGAGAGAGCUGGAAAAUGCCUUAUUGAGACUAGGGCAGUUUCAGCAUGCGCUGGAUGAAUUUAUGGUAUGGAUGACAAAGACGGAAAAAACGCUAGAUGACCUGACACCUGUUUUUGGAGAUCCACAAGUUAUUGAAGUGGAAUUGGCAAAGCACAAGGUUCUGAUGAAUGAUAUUCAGGCGCAUCAAACCAGUGUAGAUACUCUGAAUUCUGCCGGAAGGCAAUUAAUUGAAGCAAACCGUGGAAGUGAGGAUGCCAGUGUUACUCAAAGUAAAUUAAAUAAGUUAAACAAAAGAUGGCAGCUUUUGCAAGAUAAGGCUGCUCAACGUCAGCAAGAACUUGAAGAAGCUUUACAUGAAGCACAACUAUUUAAUCAAGAAAUUCAAGAUCUUUUAAUGUGGUUAAGUGAUAUUGACAGCCAAUUAGUAUCUUCAAAACCAGUUGGUGGUUUACCAGAAACUGCCAGAGAGCAGUUAAAUAGAUUCAUGGAACUGUAUAACGAUCUUGAUAGUAAUAAACAUAAAAUUGAUUCCACUCUUCAACAAGGACAAGAGUAUUUGAAAAGAUCAAAUGAAGGAGCUGCAGGCAGUCUUCAGCACAAUCUGAAAACCCUCAAACAACGCUGGGAAAAUGUUUUAAAUCGGGCAAAUGAUCGAAAAAUAAAGCUAGAAAUUGCUUUAAGAGAAGCCACAGAAUUCCACGAAGCUUUGCAAGACUUCGUUGAAUGGCUAACAAAUGCUGAAAAAUUUUUAUCGAGCUUGAAACCUGUUAGUAGGGUAAUGGAUGUAGUAUUAGAACAAAUAGAAGAUCAUAAGGCAUUUCAAAAGGAGGUUGGUUCGCAUAGAGAGGUUAUGCUAAAUUUAGACAAGAAAGGAACACAUCUCAAAUAUUUUAGUCAAAAGCAAGAUGUGAUUUUAAUUAAGAACUUAUUAAUAAGUGUUCAGCAUCGGUGGGAACGUGUCGUUUCAAAAGCUGCUGAAAGAACUAGAGCUUUAGAUCAUGGCUAUAAGGAAGCUAAGGAGUUUCAUGAUGCAUGGUCUGAUCUUAGUCAUUGGUUAGAUGAUGCUGAAAAGCAGCUUGAUGUUCUUACGCAUGUUGGUAAUGAUCCUGAAAAAAUAAAGCAAAUGCUUUCAAAGCACAAAGAAUUCCAAAGGGCUCUGGGUGCAAAACAACCACUUUUUGAUGGAACUAUGAAACUGGGACGAAAUCUUAAGGACAAAUGUCCAAAAUCGGAUGUUGGUGUUUUGCAAGGAAUGAUGGAUGAACUAAAAAAUAAAUGGAACAAUGUGUGUGCCAAAUCAGUUGACAAGCAAAGAAAACUUGAAGAAGCAUUAUUAUUUUCUGGACAGUUCAAGGACGCAGUUCAGGCCCUCAUUGAUUGGUUGGAAAAAUCAAAGAAAGCCCUGUCAGAAAAUCAACCUCUUCAUGGAGAUUUGGACACCGUUAUGGCUUUGGUUGAUCAGCAUAAGACAUUCCAAGAUGAAUUAAAGAGCAGAGCAAAUAAUCUAGAAUCUGUACGACGUACAGCAAGAGAGCUGCUAGAAACAGCUAACGAUGAAGAUGCCGAACAUAUCCGUCAGCAACUUACACAAUUGGACAGAAUGUGGAUAGAAGUUGCAAAUUUGGCUGAAGAAAAGCAAAGAAAAUUAGAAGAAGCUCUUCAAGAGGCUGAACGACUGCACAAAGCUGUACAUAUGUUAUUGGAAUGGUUAUCAGAUGCUGAAAUGAAGCUGAGAUUUGCUGGUCCUCUCCCAGAUGAUGAAGAGACCACCAAACAACAGAUUGCUGAUCACCAGGCAUUCAUGAAGGAGAUGAUAGAGCAGGAAAUAAAUAAAGAUGCAACUAUUGCUCAUGCUCAGGAAAUUUUGAAAAAAUGUCACCCUGAUGGAGUAUCUGUAAUUCGCCAUUGGAUUACUAUUAUACAAUCACGAUGGGAAGAAGUAUCUUUGUGGGCAAAACAAAGGGAACAACGCCUUAACGAUCAUUUACGAUCACUGCGAGAUAUUCUUGAUCUGUUAGAAGAGCUAUUAAAAUGGUUGAUUGGUGCUGAAGCAACGCUAACAGCUCUUGAAGCUGAACCCUUACCUGAUGAAAUACCUGUGCUGGAACAAUUAAUUGUUGAUCAUCAGGAAUUUAUGGAUGACAUGACAAAACGCCAACCUGACGUUGAACGUGUCACCAAAGCAUUCCAAACUAAACGGCAGCCAGUGCAACAACAAGGUCAUCCUGGCAAGGAGAAAAGUCGGGAAAGACAUGAAUCGGCCCAAGAUCGCAAAUCUGGUAGAGGAACACCAUCUUUACCCAAAACACCAGUCCGUCAAACCAUUGAACCUGAAAUAAAGAAUCCAAGAGCUAGAGAGCUUGUAGACAGAUGGAGAAAUGUGUGGCUGUUAGCUAUGGAACGACAACGUCGGUUGCAAGAUAAACUCAACUACCUCAAAGAACUCGAAAGAAUCAAGAACUUUGACUUCGACGAAUGGCGCAAAAAGUUCUUAGCCUGGAUGAACAACAAAAAAUCUCGUGUUAUGGAUCUAUUCCGAAAAAUUGAUAAAGAUAAUGAUGGCAGAGUUACUUAUGAAGAAUUCAUUGAUGGUAUUUUAAAAUCCAAGUUCCCAACCAGCCGUUUGGAAAUGGAACGGGUAGCUGAAAUCUUUGAUCGCAAUGGUGACGGUUUUAUUGAUCACAAAGAAUACAUCGACACACUCCGACCAGAUAGAGAGAAGGGUCCAAUAACAGAAGCUGAAAAAAUUCAAGAUGAAGUUCAGCGGCAGGUUGCCCAGUGUACUUGUGUUCACAGAUUCAAAGUUUACCAAGUUGGGGAAGGAAAAUAUAGGUUUGGAGAGUCUCAGAAAUUACGUUUAGUCAGAAUAUUACGUAGCACAGUGAUGGUACGAGUUGGAGGAGGAUGGGUUGCGUUAGAUGAAUUCCUCGUGAAAAAUGAUCCUUGUAGAGCUAAGGGACGAACAAAUCUAGAACUGCGAGAGCAAUUCAUACUAGCAGAAGGUGUGAGUCAGUCUCUCCAACCAUUUAAACCCAAAGCCAGUCCAAAUUCUUCACAAUCCUCACAAAGUGGAGGUUCAUCAUUUAAUCGCUCUGGAAUGUCAUUACCUGCCACAGGUCCCAUAACAAAGGUAAGAGAAAAAAGUGAACGAAGUGUGCCUAUGCGACAACAAAGAGGACAUGAUUCUGGUAGUGACUUCAGUGCCACAAGUUACAGUGAUGCUGACAGUAGUUUUGGGUCAAAGUCAGCUCGUUCACGAGCAACCCCAAACCGCUUGACUCCUGGAACUGUUAACAAUCGUGCUGGGAGCCGACCAUCUAGCAGACCUCCUAGCCGGCCUUCGAGUCGCCCCCCAAGUAGAGCUGCCAGUGAUCUUUCUGCCGAUAAUGUAGACAGCUACCGAGCACGCAAAAUGGGAUCCACAGGAGCUCGCCAGAGAACCCCGAGUGCCUCUUCCCAGACAUCGGGCCGAGGAUCUGGAACCAGAAUUCCUACUGUGCGAAGGACACCAUCAUUUACCAACUCUAAUAGUAAGCCAGAACCAGUAAAAAAAGAAAGAGAGAGGUGGAAAUGAGAGAUCUUCAUAAUAAACUGGCUUGGUCUAUUUUUUAACGUUUUAUGUACAUAAAUUUGAUGUGGAAUAACAUCUGCUAUGCUAACAGGGUUGUCGUAAUUCAACUGUAGUGGUUCUGUAACUGCCUUACUAAAAUUUAUCACUACACUAGACUUCAGAGGUUUAGCAGAGAAAAAAGGUCAUUUGAGAUUUCCAUGCAUUAGUAGUUUUUUUUUCUUUCUUAUGUCUUCUGUGAUAACAAGAUUUCUUCCAACAAAUACUGGUAUUAUUCUAAGUAUUUCUCUCACAUCACAUAUUUAAAUUUGAUUAUUGAAUAAAUCUUUCUCUAACAUUCCACUUAUGUGUAUGAUGAAUAUCAACAAAGAUUUGGAGGGGGGAUUAUUUAUUCACAUAUUCUUCAAUUAAACUUUCUUCCAAGUUUGUUUAUACAGGUUGAAAUAUGACAAAUGGAUCUGUAUUCAAAAUCUAAAAAAUACUAUAUAUAUAUAAAGCUUUCCAAUUUAAAUUCAUGUCUUUAUAUAUUGUUCUGUGAUGAGAUCUAAUGUAAAGAAUGAAUUGGGGAAAAUGGAUGCCUUUCAUUUUCAUGAUGUUAAUUGACCUAGAGAAAGAAAAACAAAAAGUUUCUCUGUGUGAAUAUGAAUUCUGUCAUAAGUGCCAAGUGGACUUAAUUAUAUCUGAAGACAUGUUCCUUAACAUUUUGCAGCAUAUAUUGUAAUUAAUAUGUUGCUACUAAUGAAGACUGCAGGACUGCUUUCAAGGAUUGUGUUAUAAAAUAUUAACAAAUUGUCAAAAUGUGAACAUACUGUAUGAAUGUAGGAGAGAAAAAGUUUACUAUUGUAAUUAUAAGUACUUGUUAAAGUUUUAUUUUUUGAUGACCAUUCCUUGAUAUAUGUGAACUUUUUCUAUUAAAAUGUUCUAAUUAGUGCUAGCUUAAUAUUACUAGUAGCCGAAACACAGGCAAUUUCGUUUCAUUUCAUAAUUUAUAUUGAUUUAAGUUUUCGUAUCGCCUCACUCGUUAACAUUUUUGUUUGCUUGUUUUUGUUCAUUAAAAACAGUUUGUAAAAA